AUGACUCGGUUGAUGUUAUUGGUCGGCAUCCUUGCUAUUCUUGCUAGCUUUCAAGUCUUGUAUGCACAGGAGAUGACUGCAUCGCGAGCGCAGAAAUGUCGCAAUUCAGUGAUACGUAAGGAGUGGCGGACACUAGCGGAUAGCGAAAAGAGCGAGUGGUUGGGAGCUGUCAAGUGCCUAGCAGGAAUACGGCACCAACGGUUAUCCUUGACGCCGGUGCAGACGAUACUAGAUGGAAAGAGGAGCCUGUACGAUGACUUUUCUUACUCGCAUGCAUUAGCAGCGUACAGUGCGCAUGAUAACGCCUAUUUCUUGCCAUGGCAUCGCUGGUUCGUUCACCUGUUCGACACAUCGAUGCGAGAAACUUGCCGAUAUACAGGGCCGACGCCAUACUGGGAUUGGACUCGUGAUCAUGCAGACCUCUUCAACUCGCCCGUGUUUGACGCAUCGCCCGAACAUGGUUUGGGCGGGACGGGAAUCUGCCAAUCUUCGUUUUCGGGCGAGGCGGAUUGUACCGUCGCGACGGGCGCUUUGGCCUCGUCGCUAGGCAACUUUGAGCUUGCGUGGCCUGUUGCUCAUGGCCUGCGCAGAAAUCUGACCCUCUUCACUGGCUGGUUCCCACACGAGAAGCCUCUAAACACGACGCUUACACCAGGCUUUAUCCGCGAUGCGACUGAGAAGACCACGGGUGACUUUUUUGCCUUCCAGCAGGAAUUGACAGAAAGCCACAACGCCGUUCACAACUUCGUUGGAGCCGACUUGGCGGGAGUCUGCCCAAACUCAAUGCCGUCAGACGACUGCAAUGGUAUGACACAAGCUUUCACGCCUAAUGACCCUCUGUUUUGGCUGCACCAUGCACAGCUUGACCGGCUGUGGGAUAAGUGGCAACAUCACCACCCAUUAAACUUCGCCGCCUUUUCGGGAAGGUUCCUGGACGCACAAGACCCUCAGGGCCCACACCAUGAUCCCGAAGCCGACGUAGACCAUCACAUGCUCUUUGACAUUCACAGUGUGCCAAUGACACCGGCCAUGUUGCUUGAUAUCGAGGCUUGGCCGUUGUGUUACCAAUAUGUUGACGAGUAA